AUGCAGAACGAUGAGGGGACACUUGUUGAACUUUACGUACCAAGAAAAUGUUCUUCAUCUUCACGUAUUAUCGCUGCAACGGACCAUGCAGCCGUGCAAAUUGAUUUUGUUGAUGUUGAUCCAACUACAGGGCGUAUGGUGCCUGGGAAAGUCAUGAGAUAUGCAAUUUGUGGGGAAAUACGGCGUAUGGGUGAAUCAGAUGAUUGUAUUUUGCGUCUUGCAAAGAGGGAUGGCUUGAUACCAAGUAAUUUCUAA